AGAAACGGGAGAGGUUAUAUUUUUUGCCAAAGAGAUUAUUGAACUUAAACAGGGUCGAGACGGCCAUAAACGGGCCUAACUUGAGUCCAUUUAAGGCCCAAUUGUGUAAGAAAUCCAUUAAAUAUGACCGAUCGAGUUAGCGACAAGCCCGAGUGCUCCGAGCGGCCAAGACGCGGCGUUUCACUCUCUCUCUCUCUCUCUACUCAACCUCCGUCUCAAAUGAUUUCAAAAUCUCUCCUCUGAAUCUGUCUAUCCAUUCUUAAGGUUGCAAGAAAGAAGCUUUCCCACUUUGUAACUGAUCUGGCCUUUUGAAAGUUUGUAACUUUCUUCUUAAAGUUUUUCGGUUUCUCUUUGUUUAGGUGUUUGCUCAAUCCUACAAAGAUUCUACCUUUUACGUUUAAAUCGGCUUUGCUACCUUUGUCUCAAAGGUGGCUGUGUAAGCUUCCUCCCAAUCCCAACCCCUCCUCAUUGCCAAACAUCCUCAAGGUUUCUCUUUCAACCAUGUCAAACACUCUCAACGGACAUGUGACCUCGCCCUCAGAGCCUCAGAGAGCUUACCAAGUCGUCGUCGCUGCAACCAACCAAAUGGGCAUCGGCAAAGACGGGAAACUCCCCUGGACUCUACCCACCGACCUCAAGUUCUUCAAGGAGUUAACACUGACAACUUCCGAUUCCGCCAAGAAGAACGCUGUUGUGAUGGGCAGGAAGACGUGGGAGUCUAUUCCCGCAAAGUACAAGCCCCUCUCUGGUCGUCUCAACGUUGUCUUAACUCGUUCGAGCGGGUUCGACGUAGCCAACGCAGAGAACGUUGUGACGUGCAGCAGCGUAGAGUCUGCGCUGGACUUAUUAGCUCAACCUCCUUAUCGUCUCUCCAUUGAGAAGGUGUUUGUGAUAGGAGGUGGCGAAGUGUUGAGGGAAUCUUUGAAUGGAGAGAGAUGCGAAGCUAUCCACUUAACUGAGAUUGAUACGAGUAUCGACUGUGACACGUUUGUUCCAACGAUUAACACCUCUGCGUUUCAGCCUUGGUGUUCGUCUCUUCCAACAUGUGAAAACGGACUUCGGUUUUCCUUUACCACUUAUGUCCGUGUGAAGAGUUCUGAUGAGGACGAGAGUGAUGCGUCUAAGGCGGUCCUUCAGAAGUUUUCUUCUUUGCUUCCUAAGAAGAUUUUUGAACGGCAUGAGGAGUUCCUCUACUUGAAUCUUGUCGAUGAGAUCAUCUCUAAUGGAAAUUUGAAGGACGAUAGGACAGGGACUGGUACAUUAUCUAAAUUCGGUUGCCAGAUGAAGUUCAAUUUGCGCAGGAGUUUUCCACUUCUGACGACAAAGAGAGUUUUCUGGAGAGGUGUUGUUGAAGAACUUCUAUGGUUCAUCAGCGGUUCCACCAAUGCAAAGCUACUUCAAGAAAAGGGGAUCCAUAUUUGGGAUGGGAAUGCGUCAAGAGAGUAUCUUGAUGGUAUUGGACUAACUGAGAGAGAAGAAGGUGACCUUGGACCCGUUUAUGGAUUUCAAUGGAGACACUUUGGUGCCAAGUACACAGAUAUGCAUGCUGAUUACACUGGACAAGGAUUUGAUCAGCUCUUAGACGUAAUCAACAAGAUCAAGAACAACCCUGACGAUCGGCGGAUUAUAAUGUCGGCUUGGAAUCCUUCUGACCUUAAGCUGAUGGCGCUUCCUCCAUGCCACAUGUUUGCUCAGUUUUACGUUGCAAAUGGAGAGCUCUCGUGUCAAAUGUAUCAGCGCUCAGCUGAUAUGGGUCUUGGUGUACCUUUUAACAUUGCCUCUUACUCCCUUCUUACAUGCAUUCUAGCUCACGUCUGUGAUCUUGUUCCUGGUGAUUUUAUACAUGUGAUUGGAGAUGCCCAUGUUUACAAAAACCAUGUUAGGCCUCUGCAAGAGCAACUUGAGAACCCACCAAAACCGUUUCCUGUUUUGAAGAUAAAUCCAGAGAAGAAACACAUUGAUUCUUUUGUCGCUGCUGAUUUUGAGCUCAUUGGCUAUGAUCCUCACAAGAAAAUAGAUAUGAAAAUGGCUGUUUAGCCUCCCAACCCCCACGAAAACAAGGGUUCUCACAGGAAUGAUUUUUUAUUUUAUUUAACCAAAGCUUAAAAGUUUUGUGUUUUGUUUUCCUUUAGUUCAGAUGAUUCUGCUAUUUAAUAUUCAAAAAGGUAUUUUAUUUCUUCUAAAAAGAAUAUCUAGAGGAACUUGUAGUGAGAUUCAGUUGAUCAUUGAGGACUUGUGCUAAAGGAGAGAUUCUAAAUGAUGUUGUGUUAUAGUGAGAUUCAGUUAUAAUAGAGGACUUGUGCUAAAGUA